CCCCUUUCAUUUUUAAUUAACAAAUAGCAAUUACAUAUGGUUAUGUGGUACAGUGUAAUAUUCAGAUAUUUGUUUACAUUGUGGAAUUAAACCAAAUUAAUUAACAUAUCCAUCUCCUCACAUACUCAUCUUUUUGUGAUUAGAUUAUGUGUGUCCUUUUUAAUCAAUAUCCUAGGGAUGGCUAAUUAACAAUUAAAGUAUUCUGUUAGGGAAUAUAAUCUCCAAGAUAUAUUAUUUUGAAAGAUUCUAAAUAGAUUUCCACGUUUCAGAAAGCUUCAACCAUUUUUAUGUCCAAUCAACAGCAAGACUAUAUGGAUUUUCCUUUGGUUAAAUAAGUAGUGUUCAUGAUGUCUGGAUUGGCUAGAAAUACUGUACAAAGGCCACCUACACGUGCACGGAUGGACAGGAUAUAGAAAUGUAGGAAACUCAAUGGGCCUACCCUUUGUGAUGGUGCUCUUGGUUUAGAUUCCCAAAUAGAAGACAUGUUCAGGAAAUUAUCUGAGGAUUAUUAUUUCCUUACUUCAACUAGAAGAUUUGCUGAAUCCUGCCCCCAAAAUAUUGUUUCGUGUGUAUACAAUAAGCGUGUCAUGCAAAGUUUGGUCAGAGUUCGUAAAAGAACAGGGAGUUGGAUCUUCAUGAACGUUACAAAACAGUUUGUAUAACUGUUUCUGACUGCACUUGCUACCAUUAAGUAUUUGCACAGGCAGGAGUAUUGCUUACAACAUAACAUUGCAACAGUUGCAAGUUAAGAAGGUUGUGUGGUAAAGGAAGUGAAAAUGUUAGAUCAUGGUAAACAAAUACUGUCUAGGAACAGUGAAGGUGCAUCGUGCCAACUGGAUUCCUGAGUUGAAAAUCAUCCUGCUCCAAUAAUUUUCAGACUAUCCUCAUUCGGGAAGGAGAGAGAGGGCCCUUGUAUGUGUGGAUUAAAACAAGUAAUGGGAUAUCUGAGACCUGGAAAAGGUAAGGUUAAUCCUUCUCUAGUCCUAUUCUAUGCAGAGCCUUUGGAUGUCUCUAUAGCAUCCACCAAAGCCUUCAGAAGCUUGACCUCAACCACCCUGUAAAACCUGGGUGUGGGAGAGGGGUGCAGUUAUUUGCCAAAAUGGUUGGGAGAGGGGCAGAAAUCUUUCUUUGGGUAAAAUCAUUCUGUAGUUGCUCAAGUAACCACUAAUAAUCUGCUUCCUAGAAAGUUCUUCUUGGCUCACAGAUUUAGGCAUCAAUAAAUAAUAAUAGGCAACAUUUAUCGAGGGUCAUCUUCUUGUGCUAAGUAUUUUACAUACGUUAUGUCAUUAUGUGUGUACAUUUCCAUUCAACCCUAUGAAUGGAUGUUUUUAGUUUUUAUCUCUGUUUUAUGUAUAAGGAAAGUGAUGUGCAGAAAUCAUAUGAAUUAGGUGUCUGAAUGCGCAUUCGAGCUUACCUUUUCUUUUUCACCACCUGUAUCGCUAAUCCUCUAACUGGCAGGAAUGGGGCAAGUCAAUUUCAACACGCGAGUCUUAGGCUAAAUCUGUUUAUAGGAGUUGCCCCCAGAAAGGGAGUCAGGAUCUCCAAACCCUAACACAUUUUAACGCUGAGGGUCACAGAACUUCCAGCGCUCCUUCCGCACGAACCACCCCUGCACAGCGAACCUGCUGGAAAGGACGAGCCUCUCUUGUAGAUGGGCCAAUGAGAUAGCUUGCUCUUGUGAACGACAGGUCCUGUGGCCAAUGGGCUCAGCCCCGGCGGCCUCGAAGAGCGGAAAUUGGCCGUGGACCAUGUGGGCCCUGGGGCGUGGGUUGAGCGCCGUCUUCUCCUGAGGCUCGUGGAGCCGGGCGAGUGGGACGAGGACUCGCGCCCAGGUAAUUAACCACAACAGGAUCAACACGUGUUCUCUACAGCCUUUCCAUGGAUCCUUUCCGACCAUCGUUCAGGGGCCAGUCUCCUGUCCACCCAUCCCAGUGCCAGGCUGUACGGAUGCCAGGCUGUUGGCUACAAGCUUCUAAACCUUUGGACCCAGCUCUGGGCAGGGGAGUACCUGCAGGCAGAGGCCAUGUAUUUGGAAAGCCAGAGGAGCCAAGCACACAGAGGGGGCCAGCACAAAGGGAGUCUGUGGGUUUGGUCUCCAUGUUCAGAGGCCUGGGCAUUAAAACAGUUUCUAAGACGUCUCUGAAACGGGAAAUGCCUCCAUCAGGUAGAGGCAUUUUAGGUCGAGGCUUGUCUGCUAAUCUGAUACGCAAGGACAAGGAGGAACUCUCUCCCACUUUUUGGGAUCCAAAAGUGUUGGCAGCUGGGGACAGCAAGAUGGCAGAGGCCUCCGUUGGUUGGAAUAGGAUGCUUGGAAGAGGGAGUUCGGAUGCUGCUUUAUUACCACUGGGAAGAGCAGCAGGUGGUAUCGGCAGAGGAGUGGACAAGCCUCCCUGUGCCUUCAGCGCACCAUUCCGGGAUCCCCCGCAGCUGUCAUCGCUACCAGCUUUGCCCCAGUCCCCCCUGCACUCUCCAGAUCGCCCUCUGGUCCUGACUGUGGAACACAAGGAAAAAGAGCUUAUUGUGAAGCAGGGAUCAAAAGGAACACCUCAAUCUUUGGGACUGAACCUCAUCAAAAUACAAUGUCAUAAUGAAGCAGUUUAUCAAUAUCAUGUGACUUUCAGCCCCAAUGUGGAGUGCAAAAGCAUGAGGUUCGGCAUGUUGAAGGACCAUCAAGCUGUCACCGGCAACGUCACUGCGUUUGAUGGAUCUAUUCUCUAUCUGCCUGUUAAGCUUCAACAAGUUCUUGAGUUAAAAAGUCAAAGGAAAACAGACAGUGCUGAAAUCAGCAUUAAGAUUCAGAUGACAAAGAUCCUGGAGCCUUGCUCUGACCUGUGCAUUCCCUUCUACAAUGUUGUUUUCCGUCGGGUAAUGAAACUUUUAGAUAUGAAGCUUGUGGGGAGAAACUUUUAUGACCCUACAAGUGCUAUGGUACUACAGCAACACAGAUUGCAGAUCUGGCCAGGCUACGCAGCUAGCAUCCGAAGGACAGAUGGAGGGCUCUUCCUGCUAGCUGAUGUCUCCCAUAAGGUCAUUCGAAAUGACUCUGUGCUGGAUAUCAUGCAUGCCAUUUAUCAGCAGAAUAAAGAACACUUCCAGGAUGAGUGUACUAAGCUUCUGGUUGGCAAUAUUGUUAUCACCCGAUAUAACAAUCGUACCUAUCGUAUUGAUGAUGUGGAUUGGAAUAAGACCCCAAAGGAUAGCUUCACGAUGUCUGAUGGGAAAGAGAUCACAUUCUUAGAAUACUACAGCAAAAAUUAUGGGAUCACAAUUAAGGAAGAGGACCAGCCACUGCUGAUUCACAGGCCCAGUGAGAGACAGAAUGAUCAUGGGAUGCUGCUAAAAGGGGAAAUCCUGCUGCUGCCUGAGCUUUCUUUUAUGACUGGAAUCCCAGAGAAGAUGAAGAAGGACUUCAGAGCCAUGAAGGAUUUGGCCCAGCAAAUCAACCUGAGCCCCAAGCAACACCAUAGUGCUCUGGAAUGCUUGCUGCAGAGAAUUGCAAAGAACGAGGCAGCCACCAAUGAACUGAUGCGUUGGGGGCUCCGUCUGCAAAAGGAUGUACAUAAGAUUGAAGGACGUGUUCUACCAAUGGAAAGAAUUAACUUAAAAAAUACUUCGUUUAUCACAUCUCAGGAACUAAACUGGGUUAAGGAAGUAACCAGAGACCCUUCCAUCUUGACUAUCCCCAUGCAUUUCUGGGCACUUUUUUACCCAAAGAGAGCAAUGGAUCAGGCUCGAGAACUGGUCAACAUGUUGGAGAAGAUAGCUGGCCCCAUUGGCAUGCAUAUGAGCCCACCGGCCUGGGUUGAACUAAAGGAUGACCGGAUAGAGACCUAUGUCAGAACCAUUCAAUCCAUGUUAGGAGCUGAGGGAAAAAUACAGAUGGUUGUUUGCAUCAUCAUGGGCACACGUGAUGAUCUCUAUGGGGCCAUCAAGAAGCUGUGCUGUGUGCAGUCCCCAGUGCCCUCCCAGGUUGUCAAUGUUCGAACCAUUGGUCAGCCCACCAGGCUUCGGAGUGUGGCCCAGAAAAUUUUACUUCAGAUUAACUGUAAAUUGGGUGGUGAGCUCUGGGGAGUGGAUAUUCCUCUGAAACAGUUAAUGGUAAUCGGGAUGGAUGUUUACCAUGACCCCAGUAGAGGCAUGCGCUCCGUGGUUGGCUUCGUGGCAAGCAUCAAUCUCACCCUCACAAAAUGGUAUUCCCGGGUGGUGUUCCAGAUGCCGCAUCAGGAGAUUGUGGACAGCCUGAAGUUAUGCCUCGUGGGCUCCUUAAAAAAGUUUUAUGAGGUGAACCACUGUCUACCAGAGAAGAUUGUGGUAUACCGUGAUGGAGUGUCUGAUGGCCAACUGAAGACAGUUGCCAACUAUGAGAUUCCUCAACUACAGAAGUGUUUUGAGGCUUUUGAGAAUUAUCAGCCCAAGAUGGUGGUGUUCGUAGUUCAGAAGAAAAUCAGUACUAAUCUAUAUCUGGCUGCUCCUCAGCACUUUGUGACUCCUACUCCUGGAACUGUGGUAGAUCAUACAAUAACAAGCUGUGAGUGGGUGGAUUUCUACCUUCUUGCCCAUCAUGUACGGCAGGGCUGUGGCAUUCCUACGCAUUAUGUCUGUGUUCUCAACACCGCAAACCUGAGCCCUGAUCAUAUGCAGAGGCUGACUUUCAAACUGUGCCACAUGUACUGGAAUUGGCCUGGCACCAUCAGAGUUCCAGCUCCUUGCAAGUAUGCCCACAAGCUAGCUUUCCUGUCAGGACAUAUCCUGCAUCAUGAACCAGCCAUCCAGCUGUGCGAGAACCUGUUCUUCCUGUGACUGCACAGCCUGGAGAUGGGCUGGUGAGAAGACAGGCAGCCUCUGAACUCAGCUGUGACUAUUGCAGAAUCAGCGGAGACUGAAGUGGGCUUUUGUGUUAUUUUCCCUUUCUUCAACCCUGUAGAAUAAGUUUUCUUUUUUGUCUUUUAAAGCUAAUAUUGCCAAGAAGUAAGUUUCUAAGUAACAGCUGAAAAUGGCCUUGUUGUCUAUGUAGAGCAAGUUACGGUAGUACUGCCGCUCUGCAGGAGAGCAGGUGACUCUGGGGGACCAUUAAGAGCCUCCAGCCAGGCGCGGUGGUUCAUACCUGUAGUCCAAGCACUUUGGGAGGCCGGGGUGGGUGGAUCAUGAGGUCAGGAGAUCGAGACCAUCCUGGCCAACAUGGUGAAACCCCAUCUCUACUAAAAUACAAAAAAAUUAGCCUGGCAUGGUGGUGCACGCCUGUAGUCCCAGCUACUCAGGAGGCUGAGGCAGGGGAAUCCCUUGAACCCGGGAGGCGGAGGUUUCAGUGAGCCGAGAUUGUGCCACUGCACUCCAGCCUGGUGACAGAGCAAGACUCUGUCUCAAAAAAAAAAAAAGCCAACAUGAGCUGCAGAAACCUGCAGAAGCAGCCAUUACACUUCUAAGCUGUGCCCACCAAGUGGUUCCCAUUUCUGGAGCCAGAGAUGAUAAUUAAUGAAGUCAUCGCAUGUUUCCUAAAGAGAGUAAGUCAGGCAACUGGGAAAGGCAGUGGAAGGUCUGUGAAGCAAAGUUUUCGAGUAGAUACUGCUAUUACUGGCAGGUGUGCAAGGUGCGUAGUAAAAUCAGUUUGUGGCAUAGGUAGGCCCUUGCUGACUAAUCCUUUCUGGGGAUUGAAUUGAUGAUGUCCUGUGACUUGAGUUGGAUUUGAAAAUGGCUUCCCUUGGCCUCUUGAAAGAGUGCAGAUGAAGCUUUUUCCAUGGCUUUCCGUAACUUUCCAGCAUACCAUGUCGAUUUCUUCCUCCCCCAAAUAUACACAUGCUCUUUUGCUCUUUGUGCCUGGUCUUCAGUAAUUUUUAGUUUUUUAACAGGUGGAAAAAAUCUAGCAGCUAGGAAAGUUCAGGUUGGGGUGGGAGUUUUUAGUGAGCUUUUCUCCCAAGUGUGUGGCCUUUAUUUCUAUUUAUAUAUGUUUGUAAAUGGAGUGACCCCCUUUCUCUUACAAAAUAACCUCUUCCUGGCUGUUGGCUCACUUUGCUGGAAUUGUUCUGAAUCCAGGUUAAGAUUUCCAGAAGUCAGCUUUGGAAAACGUGACACUCCUACCAAAGUCCAGACGGUUUAGAAAGUUGUCACAUACCAUGGGUUUCAGUGUUUUUGGAAAGCCGUUUUUUUCUGCUUUUUCCCCCCCCCCUCCAUUUUAGAAUCUUCUCCCAGUCUCUUUGGGCCUAGUUCUGUCUUAUCUUGCUUUAUUGGGUUUUAAAAGCCAGUCUUAUUUAACCUUUUCUAAUUUGUAUUUAUGUACUUAUUUAUUUUUUGGUAUAAUGGCAGGGAGGGGACAAAGCAGAAAUACCCCUUUUAUAUGACAGUGUGUGAGAAAAGAAACUUUAGCUUAAAAAUCCUUAAAAUGUGCUCACUUCAGCAGCACAUAUACUAAAAUUGAAAUGAUAUAAAGAAGAUUAGCAUAUAGAAAAAAAGAAAAAAUAUUUCCUUAAAACAAGAAAACCAAGAAUGUUUUUAGUUUGUUGCGGUGCCCAGCAGAGGUUGAGGAGGGAUAGGUGUUGUUGGUGCACUUCUGGUUUCAUUUGGAGUGUGGGACAUUAGGGUGAGACAAGGACCUGGAAUUUAAAAACCACGGAAUCAAACACUGUGAACCACUGGUCUCUGGCUAAACAGAUCAGUUUUCUGAUUUUCUUUGGAAGCAUUUUGAAUUUUUCUGUUGAAGUUAGACUUCCUAAUAGUCUUUUUCUCUUAGAUAAUCAGAACAAAUGGCUGAAUACAUUAUAAUACAAAAAUUUCUUCACUUUUUAUUCUUGGUUUUCUUGCCUUGUUUUUCGGUUUUAAUGCCAAAUGAUUGGGUCAUGGGGUGGGAAAUAAAAACAACUUUGUAUAACAA